AGGCUUUGAGCUCAGGACGCCCCUCUCUGCCUCUCACUCUGCCCACAAAGCCAGCAUAAACUCCCAUCUUUUCCGCUUUCCUCUCCCCCCUCCACUCUGUCAUGGAGCUGCCCCGUACCCAGCGGCGCUAAGACUCCCGCUUCGGCGCUUUACUUCCUCCUUCUGAAAUGUACGACCGUCUGGAUCCCCGCUCGGCCGCCGGAGGAAGGCUUUCUGUGGGUAAAAUACGAGGAAGCGUCGUCUGAGAGAAGAGGGAGAGAGGGGGGACGGAUUGACGCUUUUUCCUCCUCUCCUUCCCUUCGCCCCCUUUUUUCCCCCGGCUCCUUUAUUUUUGGCGGAUAGCCGAGGGUUCAAGCCGGAAUUAACGUUUUUCUGUCCGUUUUGCUUUAAAAAUAUCCAUUUGAAUCCUGCUGCGCAAUCAGAGCGGAUCACGUGGCACCAGAGAGAGUUGGAUCGAUUUUGCACAGUUUGGAGUGAAAGUAGGAGUUAAAAAAACCCCAACAAAAAACAAGAGUAGCACCAGACUCAUCUUUUUCUACUUUUUUGGGGGGAGUAACUGGGACUGCUGUUACUUUUGCAUCAUUCCAAGUCCAGAAGGUGUUGUUUUUUUUCAGCCUUGGAGGUCAGGGGUAUUGCUUCUUAUAUGCCUGGGUUUUGAAAAACAAUGGAGACGCACAUUUCGUGCCUCUUCCCAGAAAUUUUGGCCAUGAUCUUCAGCUACCUGGAUGUGAGGGACAAAGGCAGGGUGGCCCAAGUAUGCAUCGCUUGGAGGGACGCAUCCUACCACAAGUCGGUGUGGAGGGGGGUAGAAGCCAAGCUGCAUCUCCGCAGAGCAAAUCCCUCCUUGUUCCCAAGCCUCCAAGCCAGGGGGAUCCGGAGAGUCCAGAUCCUGUCCCUGCGCCGCAGCCUCAGCUAUGUCAUCCAGGGGAUGCCCAACAUAGAGUCCCUCAACCUGUCUGGCUGCUACAACUUAACAGAUAAUGGGCUGGGACAUGCAUUUGUCCAGGAGAUCCCGUCACUUAGGGUUCUGAACCUAAGUCUCUGCAAGCAGAUAACAGACUCCAGUCUGGGUCGGAUCGCCCAGUAUCUAAAGAACCUGGAGGUGCUGGAGCUCGGUGGCUGCAGCAACAUCACAAACACCGGGCUUCUGUUGAUAGCCUGGGGCCUCCACAGACUAAAGAGCCUCAAUCUGAGGUCCUGCAGGCAUGUCUCAGAUGUGGGGAUUGGACAUUUGGCUGGCAUGACCCGAAGUGCAGCGGAGGGCUGCUUAAGCCUGGAGUACCUCACCCUCCAAGACUGUCAGAAGCUGACAGACCUGUCACUCAAACACAUCUCCAAGGGGCUGACCAAGCUGCGGGUGCUGAAUUUAAGCUUCUGUGGGGGGAUCUCGGACGCCGGGAUGAUCCACCUGUCCCACAUGACCUCCCUGUGGAGCCUCAAUCUGCGCUCCUGCGACAACAUCAGCGACACGGGAACUAUGCACCUUGCCAUGGGCACCCUUAGACUCUCCGGGCUGGAUGUCUCCUUCUGUGACAAGAUCGGGGACCAGACUCUGGCAUACAUAGCUCAGGGACUGUACCAGCUCAAGUCCCUGUCCCUGUGCUCCUGUCACAUCUCAGACGACGGGAUAAACCGGAUGGUUAGGCAGAUGCACGAACUGAGGACCCUGAACAUUGGUCAGUGCGUGCGCAUCACAGACAAAGGGCUGGAGCUCAUAGCUGACCACCUGACCCAGCUGGUGGGCAUCGACCUGUAUGGAUGUACCAAGAUCACCAAGAGGGGACUGGAGCGAAUCACGCAGCUCCCCUGCCUUAAAGUGUUGAACCUGGGACUCUGGCAGAUGACAGAAAGUGAGAAAGUCAGGUGAUUAGGAGUGUUUUGGUGUGUGCGUGCGCGUGUUUGGGUUUUAUUUUUGGGUGGAUAGGGGUCACCAGGAGCAGGAGUCGGGUUGAAUAGCAGAGGUGAUUUUCUUUUAUUU